AGAGAGAGAGAGACAGCGACUGUGAGGGGAAGAGAGAGGGAAGCCGACCGACAUCGACGGCCGAGAGCAGAGAGUCGCUCGGUGUUGCGUGACACAGCGAUCGCGCAAAGGAGAUAGAAGAGAGGGAAGGAGAUGCGUCGGAAGAGGAAGCGAGGGAGAGAAAGGUCGCGAGGAGAGAGAAGAGACGCGGUUGGGUACAAGGGAAAAAGGAAGAAUAAGAAGAAGAAGAAGAAGAAGAAGAAGAAGAAGAGAUGAGAUAAGAAGAAAAAGUAGAGGAGGAGAAGACGAAACGUUGAGGAUAUUCAGAGAGAAUGAUUUUGAGUUCAAAUAGAAUUAAUAAAAUAUGAUGAGAGUAUAAAUGAACAAAAAAAUGUUAUUAUUAAAAAAUUACCGAUUCAGUAAUCUGUAAAAUUUGCUAAAAUGAGGGUUUCAAAUACCAUCCAAGUAAAGUGAAUCCAAAAAAGAUAAAACUACGAGGGUAUCAUUCUAUACAUUAAUUAUCCAUGAACCAUACGACAGAUAUUUAUUAACUCUUAUCAUUACUCUGAAGUUUGGUGUUAGAAAGUAAAACAUUUUUAUGUUCUUGUCUUGUAGUUUGUCCUGAUUAUUUGGUAUGAGCGUCCAGAAACCACAGCCUUUUGUUACCGCAAACCUUUUGUCAGUUUGUGAUUCAAUCCUGUGGCUGAGCCUGAGAUGAACCCAGUAGAAUCUUGCACUCUUUUGACUUGGAAAUGCGAGUGAGUGGCGAACCAUGCACACCCUCAUUGCUGCAACCUCCUUCAGGCUUCGUCCCAAUCUGAAACCCUUUCGUUACAAGCCCCGUUGCAGCUUGAGCAAGCAGAAGACAACUAGUAGCCUUGCAAAAACUUGGCCCUCGGUUUCUCUUUUACUUUUUGGUUCAGGCUUCUUCUUGGGUCCCCUUCUUGAUGGACUUCAUUCAAGGGUAAAUCUUGUGGUGUACCAACAUGGGUCAAUCGAUAUUGGUCCUCUCCACACAAACAUCUGGGUUCCUUUCUUGCUUGGGUCCUUUUACUGUACAGUGGGGCUGCUACAGUUAUUCUUGGAUGAAAAGGCCUCUUCAAAGGUUUCAGAUGGAAGCUUGGAGAAAACUGCUGUUUCACUGAUAGCAUUAGUGCUGUUUAUCGCAUCGAGUGCCGAAAUGUACAAGGCUGGAGUUCCAGAUAACAUUGAGGCCUAUAUACUAUUUGCAGCAGCAGAGUUGAUCUGGUUCUCUCUGGACAGGACAUGGUUUGGGUUCUUCCUAGCGUCUCUUAUAGGCAUUGCCUGCCCCCUUGCUGAAAUUCCAAUUAUGAAGUUGUUCCAUCUUUGGUACUACCCCCAAGCAAACAUAGAAAUCUUUGGCCAGGGACUAGUAACUUGGACCGUAACUUGCUACUUUGUUUACACGCCGUUCUUGAUCAAUUUAUCACGAUGGUUGAGAAAAGUUGUAAUUUCUGUAGAGACAAAAGAUCAAUCUGCAUAGCUGGAAGAAUUUAGUGGGGCAUUUUUCUCGCUUCUUCGAUAGACAUCCAAUGAAACAAACUAGUCAAAUUGAUGAGGAGCUUCUUAUCUAAAAAGAAAAAUCAUGUUGGAUUUGCAAAUUUCUUAUCAGGCUUGCAGACAGAUUAUUAUUAGCAAUGGAACUAAGCUGAAUUGUAAUGAUAAACUUGACGGAAGGAAUCAUGCUGGAAAUUAUGUGGAUAUUUUGCAAAGUUAAAUAAGUAUAUCAAAUCAAUUCACA